AGAUGCACACUUCCCCCAGAGAAGUCUCGAUCGUCGCCGCCGCUCCGGGCCUCAAGGCCGUAAAGAAAAAAUACCGGAGACGUUCUGGCACUAUUUCGGGGUAAAGAAGCUGCCAUGGAAGAGCCUGCAGCUCCCUCAGAGGCCCUCGAGGCAGCCGGGGCCCAGGCAGGUGCUGAGGCAGCAGGGGAGGGUGUGUCUGGGCCUGACCUUCCCGUGUGCGAGCCCUCCGGGGAAUCUGCUGCUCCAGAUUCGGCCCUGCCACAUGUGACUGUGGGCUGGGCCCCCUUCCCUGUAGCCCCAGUCCCUGCCCACCUCCGCACAGGAGGCCUGAGGCCUGCACCAGCCUCUGGAGGAGGAGCCUGGCCCAGUCCCUUGCCAAGCCGAAGCAGUGGCAUUUGGACAAAGCAGAUCAUCUGCAGGUAUUAUAUACAUGGGCAGUGCAAGGAGGGGGAGAACUGUCGCUAUUCCCACGACCUUUCUGGUCGGAAGAUGGCCACUGAGGGCCGCGUUUCGCCGCCUGGGGCCUCUGCAAGUGGAGGCCCUAGCACGGCUGCGCACAUCGAGCCCCUGACUCAGGAAGUGGCGGAAGCCCCCCCGGCUGCAUCCUCCCAGUCCUUGCCUGUGAUUGGCUCGGCUGCUGAAAGGGGUUUCUUUGAAGCUGAGAGAGACAAUGCAGAUCGUGGAGCUGCUGGAGAAGCAGGUGUAGAAAGCUGGGCGGAUGCCAUUGAGUUUGUUCCAGGGCAGCCCUACCGGGGCCGCCGGGUUACAUCUGCCCCCGAGGCUCCUCUACAGAGCUCGGAGACUGAGAGGAAGCAGAUGGCUGUGGGCAGGGGGGAGCGGUUUUGCUAUUAUGCUUCCAGGGGAGUUUGCUUUCGUGGGGAGAGCUGUAUGUACCUCCAUGGAGACAUAUGCGACAUGUGUGGGCUGCAGGCCUUGCACCCCAUGGAUGCUGCCCAAAGGGAAGACCAUAUAAGGGCCUGCAUUGAAGCACACGAGAAAGAUAUGGAACUCUCGUUUGCUGUGCAGCGUGGUAUGGACAAGGUGUGUGGCAUCUGCAUGGAGGUUGUCUAUGAGAAAGCCAACCCCAAUGACCGCCGGUUUGGCAUUCUUUCCAAUUGCAACCAUACCUUCUGUAUUAGGUGUAUCCGCAGGUGGAGAAGUGCCAGACAGUUUGAUAACAGGAUCAUCAAGUCUUGUCCACAGUGCAGGGUCACCUCCGACUUGGUCAUUCCCAGUGAGUUCUGGGUGGAGGAGGAGGAAGAGAAGCAGAAACUUAUUCAGCAAUACAAAGAGGCAAUGAGCAACAAGGCCUGCAGGUAUUUUGCGGAAGGCAGGGGUAACUGCCCAUUUGGAGACGCAUGCUUUUACAAGCAUGAAUACCCUGAGGGCUGGGGAGAUGAGCCUCCUGGGCCAGGUGGUGGGUCAUUCAGCGCAUACUGGCAUCAACUUGUGGAGCCUGUGCGAAUGGGAGAGGGCAACAUGCUCUAUAAAAGCAGUAAGAAGGAGCUUGUCGUGCUUCGGCUAGCCAGUCUGUUGUUUAAGCGGUUUCUUUCACUGAGAAAUGAGUUACCCUUCUCUGAGGAGCAGUGGGACUUGCUUCAUUAUGAGCUGGAAGAAUAUUUCAAUUUGAAUCUGUAGCAUCGUGCUGUGGCAUGUGGUCUAGUCUCCUGAGGUUCUGUCAUCUUUUAAUGCCUGUUUUCUCUAUGUUGACACUCCUAUUGCUUUCUGGGGCUGUUGAGGCAAUGUUUCUGUUUUCUUAUCUAUUCUGCGUAUCUUUCCUUCUAGGAUUAUGGUGAUUAUCUGUGUUAAAAAAAGUAAGCCUAUAAAGUUACUAUUUUGGUGAAAUUAAUAUUAAUGUCAGUUUGUGGCUUUUUUGUCAUCUCUGUUUUCAACAGGAUUAACUCAGUUCUAGUGUAGUGUUUACUGAAUUUCCACACUUAUUUUGAAGACUCUCAAGAGUAAAUGUGGCAGAGAGAAAGGAGAAGUUUUAAUUGAACUAGUAGCUUUGUGCUAUAACAGCCUUACCAAAUGGACCCUUGCAGGGCCUUGCAGCUGCUCAUCUGUUUGUUUACAGUCUGUUCUUUCCCUUCCUCCCUUUUCAAGUGCACUUGUUAAACUAUGAUGAACUUGUGACUUUGUGUUUUACUUGACCAAAACCAAGUGUAUAUGUUUACAUGUUUUUAUCCUGUUUAGCUUGACGUGAAAUAAUUUAUAUUUGGAAAUAUAUAUUUAAGAAUGAUAUAUAUAUAUAAUAUAUGCAUAUAUAUGUAUAAGUUAUGUAUUUGAAAAAAUAUAUAAAAGAAUAUACAUCACAAUAUAAUAUUUAUGUUUAUGUAAUAAAGUAAAUACAGACCCGAAAGCUGAAGGUCAAAGCCUAA